AUGGGUGAAAAUAAUGAAAUAAUGACCCUAUUAAGAGAAGUGCAAAGUGACGUGCAGUCAUCUAAUAAAAAGUUGGAUACAGUGGUCAAGGAUAUGGACGAUCUUAAAGUGUCUAAUGAAAAGUUAUCAAGUGAAUUUAAAGUACAUAAAGUGAAAUAUGAACAAAUUCAAAAAACUAAUGAAAUUUUGCAACAAAAAGUUGACUCUUGUGAGCAGAAAUUAAAUUUUAUUUUAAAUAAGGAAAGAGCCAGAAACCUUCUAUUGUUUAAGGUACCGGAUAAUCAAGAAGUAAAUAAAGACUUGUAUAAUUCAGUGAUGAAUAUAUUUAUUAAAGCAAGUGUGAAUAUUCCGGAUAGUUGUAUUGUCAACACAACUAGGCUUGGUAGAAUUGAAGGCUCAAGACCUAUUUUGAUUUCAUUUACAAGCCAAAAAUGGAAAUCAAUUAUUUUCUCAAAAGCAAGGAACUUUGGAGAGAUGAAGAUUGGCCUCGGUAAUGAUUUGACUAGAGAGGAAAGGCAAAAAAGAAAAUCCGAUUAUGAACUUCUGAUGAAAUAUAAGGGUGUUUUGCUUCAACAAGGGAAGGAAUGCACUAUAAAAGGAAUGAGGUUGAUUAUCAAUGACACUGAGAUGAAUGUGGAUGAAAUAAAAGAUAUUCUCAAAAAUCAAAAGGAUGACAUUGAUAGUGACACCGAAAAUGAUAACUCCUCCUUCUCAAGAACCUCCAAUACCAGUCGUAAAAGAGUAAGAACUAUUGGUGAUAAAGAUGAUAUUAAAAAGAAGCAGAAAAAAUUGGUGAAAUCAACAGUCAAUUCUUUGAUUAAAGCAUUUCUUCUGAAGGAUGUAUCACAAAAGAACAUGCCUGAUACUUCUUCCCCGCCUGCUGAAAAUAAAUAG